CGGGUCGCGGUCACAUGUUUGCGCAGUUGCAGCCGCAACCCUGAAAGUCAUGUGACUCAUUCGACUCCCAUUCGGCUCUACACGCUUCCUCGUCUCCCGCGGUGUGCACAGCGUGAAAGCAGCAGCAAACGAUGGCAAAGAUACCGCGCAACUUCCGUCUUCUGGAGGAGCUCGAGAAGGGCGAAAAGGGCCUCAGUGCCGAGGCCUGCUCUUACGGCCUCUUGGAUGGCGAGGACAUCACAAUGUCGGACUGGACCGGCACCAUUAUCGGACCUCCUCAUACCGUGCAUGCGAACCGCAUCUACUCGUUAAAACUAAACUGCGGCCCCAACUACCCCGAUAUCCCGCCCACCGUCCAGUUCAUCACAAAGAUCAAUCUGCCCUGUGUCAGUUCGGCGGAUGGCAAGGUCGACAAAUCAAAGCUCGCGUGCCUAGACAAGUGGAAGCGCGAUUACAAUAUGGAGACCGUUCUUCUCGAGCUGCGAAGGGAAAUGGCAUCGGGCGCAAACCGCAAACUACCCCAGCCCCCGGAAAACACAACCUAUGAAUAAUUGCGCAUUCUUAUAUCAUUGAUCUGCCCUCCUAAUUUCUUCUUUUACUCUAUCUGCAGUAUAGAUCUUAAUGACAU